CAACAUUUUUCCAUGUCAGCACUAAUCGAUUCAUGCGGGUCUGUCCCUAUAUAUCUUUGUGAUGUUUUAGCUAGGAGUAGUAUUUUUUCUGUUAUAUUGUGAUCAAUCAAGAAUGGCGUUACAGAGGAAAUUACUAAAAGGGUGUGCUGGAAUUGCCAAAUAUAGGUGCCUGGGGUACUUUCCCGGUCAAGCGGUGGUGGCGCCGCCGGAACUGCCGCCGUUUGACUACCAGCCAAAGCCGUAUAAAGGGCCUUUGGCUGAUGAGGUUUUGGAGAAAAGAAAGAAGUUUCUGGGUCCUUCCCUCUUCUACUACUACCAAAAACCUCUAAAUAUUGUUGAGGGGAAGAUGCAAUAUUUGUAUGAUGAGAACGGAAGACGUUAUCUUGAUGCUUUUGCUGGAAUAGUUACUGUCUCAUGCGGUCAUUGUCAUCCUAUGGUGUUGGAUGCCAUCACGGAGCAAAGCAAGCUUCUCCAACAUGCUACAACCAUAUAUCUACAUCAUGCGAUCGGCGAUUUUGCGGAAGCAUUGGCAUCUAAGAUGCCAGGAAACCUAAAGGUAGUAUAUUUCGUAAAUUCAGGGACAGAAGCAAAUGAAUUGGCAAUGCUGAUGGCACGAUUGUACAGUGGUAACCUAAAUAUGAUUGCCUUGAGGAAUGCAUAUCAUGGCGGAAGUGCCAACACAAUUGGGCUAACUGCUCUUAACACAUGGAAGUACCCUAUUCCACAGGGUGAAAUCCAUCACGUUCUGAAUCCUAACCCAUAUCGUGGAGUAUUCGGAUCUGACGCUAAACGAUAUGCUGAAGAUGUACAGGAUCACAUUGAUCAUGGUACUUCAGGAAAGGUUGCUGGUUUUAUUGCUGAAACAAUUCAGGGGGUUGGAGGAGCUGUUGAACUAGCCCCUGGAUACUUGAAGUUGGUUUAUGACAUUGUUCGCAAAGCAGGAGGUGUUUGUAUUGCUGAUGAAGUACAAACUGGCUUUGGUCGCACAGGGAGCGACUACUGGGGUUUUGAGACACAGGGUGUGAUUCCUGAUAUAGUUACAAUGGCAAAGGGUAUCGGAAAUGGUUUGCCACUUGGAGCUGUUGUCACAACGCCAGAAAUUGCUAGUGUUAUGGCUCAAAAGAUACAAUUUAAUACAUAUGGGGGGAACCCUGUUUGCUCUGCUGGUGGGCAUGCAGUACUCAGAGUAAUCGAUAAGGAACAACGCCAAAAGCAUUGUGCUGAGGUUGGCUCACACUUGAUUGGGCGGCUGAGGGAUCUACAGAAAAGACAUGACAUAAUUGGAGAUGUGCGAGGCAGGGGUUUAAUGGUUGGUAUCGAACUUGUAACUGACAGAAAAGAAAAGACACCCGCCAAGGCAGAAACUGGAGUUCUCUUUGAGAAGCUUAGAGAACUUGGUGUUCUUGUAGGGAAAGGUGGUUUACAUGGAAAUGUUUUCAGAAUAAAGCCUCCUAUGUGUUUUGGCAAGGAUGAUGCAGACUUCUUAGUUGAUGCAUUGGACUAUUCAAUUUCAAAGUUGUGAAAAUCUCUCAAGAGUAGCCAGAUUGUUGUGAAUUGCUCAGUUGAUUCUCCUUCAACCAAAGGGGACAGCUGAUUUUCCAGUACAAUAACUAUGUAAAAGAAAGCAAGAAAUUCCUGCUAUUUUAUUCCUCACAGUGUUCUACAAAAUAGAGGGGGUGUUUGGAGGGGACAGAGGAUGAAAAUUUGCAUGGAUGCAGAAUGUGGUUGACAAUUUAAGUUUAAUUAUAGUUGAAAUAAUUUCUGAAUCAGUUUCGAUGGUUAAAUGUACACUAGAACAAUUCUGGCUCUCUCAAAUUGUCACGACACCUUUAGAAGGGUGACAAUUUAGUGUUUCAGUUUUGAAUAAGUUUCAGAAUUUUGUGUUAACUUGAACACGUCUUUGAACUCAUUGUAAGGUCUAGGGUUGAAGUGUUGAGAAAUUAAUAUUCAACACUAUACAAGAUCUUAUUAGAGCAGAGCUCAAACCAUUACAGUUCAAAUAUUGAAGGUUUUUGCAAUUACAGAAGGUCAAUAUCUUUGCA